GCCUCUUACUACAUUGGACCUGGGGUGAAAUGUGGACAAGAAAAAUCAUAGUUGCUAUGCCCAGGACACAAUAGCCUAAGAUUAGCCAAGAAGGAGAAGCAGAGUUACUGUUCAUUUUUCUAGCUGGAGACUAACCCUCUGCCUAGGAACCUGACCUUGGCCCAUACAAAACACUACAGGCUAAAGCAAGACCUCUGUGUUCAACCAGGCAGCCACAGCAGGUGUGCUGAGUUCUGAGUAGAGCCAUCAAUCCUGAUUCUUCAAAGUGGACCCCAAGGGAGAAAUCCAACAAAAGCAGGGACCGCCAAGCAGUUCUAGUCCAAGACACACAGAUGCAGCCCUGGAGAUGAGAUCUGAGGAAAGCUGGAGCCAUGUUGACCUUGUACGCCGUGAAGAAGCAGAUUCUGUCUCAGAAAAGUCCACCAUCAAUGUAGAUGAGGACGAUGGUGGUCUCCAAAUCUGCCGUGUAUGUGGGGACAAGGCCAAUGGCUAUCACUUCAAUGUCAUGACGUGUGAAGGAUGCAAGGGAUUUUUCAGAAGGGCCAUGAAACGCAAUGUCCGGCUGAGGUGCCCCUUCCGCAAGGGGACCUGCGAGAUCACGCGGAAGACACGGCGGCAGUGCCAGGCCUGCCGUUUGCGCAAGUGCCUGGAGAGUGGCAUGAAGAAGGAGAUGAUCAUGUCCGAUGCUGCUGUCGAGCAGAGGCGAGCCUUGAUCAAGAGGAAGAAGAGGGAAAAGAUUGAGGCUCCCCCAUCUGGAGGGCAGGGCCUGACUGAAGAACAGCAGGCGCUGAUCCAGGAGCUGAUGGAUGCUCAGACGAAGACCUUUGACACCACUUUCUCCCACUUCAAGGAUUUCCGGCUGCCUGCAGUGUUUAACAGUGGCUGUGAGCUCCCAGAGUUUCUGCAGGCCUCGUUGUUGGAAGACCCUGCUGUAUGGAGUCAAAUCAUGAAAGACUCGGUUCCAAUGAAGAUCUCUCUGAAGCUUCGGGGAGAAGACGGCAGCAUCUGGAACUACCAGCCCCCAUCCACGAGCAAUGGGAAAGAGAUCAUCCCUCUGCUGCCACAUCUGGCCGAUGUGUCAACUUACAUGUUCAAGGGUGUCAUCAACUUUGCCAAAGUCAUCUCCUACUUCAGGGACCUGCCUAUUGAGGACCAGAUUUCCCUGCUGAAGGGAGCCACUUUUGAGAUGUGCCUACUGAGGUUCAACACGAUGUUCGACACAGAAACUGGAACCUGGGAGUGCGGUCGGCUGGCCUACUGCUUUGAAGAUCCUGAUGGUGGCUUCCAGAAACUCCUGCUGGAUCCGAUGAUAAAAUUCCACUGCAUGCUGAAGAGCCUGCACCUGCAUAAGGAGGAGUACGUGCUGAUGCAGGCCAUCUCCCUCUUCUCCCCAGACCGUCCUGGCGUGGUACAGCGCAGUGUGGUGGAGCAGCUGCAGGAGAGAUUUGCCCUCACCCUGAAAGCCUACAUCGAGUGCUGUCGGCCAUAUCCUGCUCACAGGUUCCUGUUCAUGAAGAUUAUGGCUGUCCUCACUGAGCUGCGCAGCAUCAAUGCCCAGCAGACCCAGCAGUUGCUGCGCAUCCAAGACACACAUCCCUUCGUCACCCCCCUCAUGCAGGAGUUAUUCAGCAGCACAGAUGGCUGAGUGGCUGCCCCUGGGUGGAGAUCCCAUGGGUCAGCCAGACCUAGACAUUCUAAAUCGCCACUUCUAGGGCUAGACAGAUGGACAUACCGAUAGCCAACAUUGGCCUAUGACUGCGGCUGGCUAGCAUUCCCCUGGAAAAGGACAUGGAGCCGCAAGUUCAGCCUGUGGAAAGUUCUGGCCUAUGGGCUAGCCCCAUCCUUGUGCUAGGGAACAAAACCCCAAAUCCCACUAAAUUCUAAAGUGUUGGGUGGGAAAGGAGGAACCAGGUCAAGCUAUAUAAGGGUGUACACGCCCCACCCGUUCCCAACCCCAAGCUUCCUCUUGAGCCCCUUCUGUGUUCCAGACUUGAGCUCACCAUCAGGCUCAUUAGCAUCACUGCUGAAUGCCAGAAGCUUGUCAUGACCUUGAUCUGGACACAUCACUCAGCUUCCUGCAUCUGACCAAACACACCAUUAAUCGCUAACAUUGUGACCUUCUGUGGACUCAGAUAUGGAUCCCAGCCUCAGAGUUCAAGAAGACAAAGCUAAAAUGGCUAUUAAUAGCUUGUAAAAAACUUCUUGUAACAGCUUAUGUGGACCCUAAGGAAGGCCAUGUGACAUAGUCAAGUAGCUCUGUGUGGGUUCUGAGCUGCACUGGGGUUUUGUGGGUAACUGGAAGCCAAAUGAAGGUUCCCAAAUGCCAGGUACUUGUUGAUGAAGGGGUGGGAAUUGUUGACUGUGGGGACCUGUAUGUGACUUGGUGUGGGUCUGGCUUGCUCCCAAAACUGGAGCACUGAGGUGAUCUAUGAUAAGGCUACAGUGACAGACAAUAAAUGUGUGAUGGCAGAA